AUGGAAGAUAAUUAAUGUUUAGCUUCUCUCUUUGCUGACCUCUUAUAAAUUGUCAAGCCUUAAUCAGCUGACAUAUAACAGUUUAAAGAAGUCUCUAAUGAAAGAUUAAGAAAAUGUAUUCUUGAAUUAGUUCGAGAACUCACAACUCUUGUGUAGAAUCUGAAGGUACAAUUAGAAGAAUUCAAUGAUAACAAAUAUGAACAAGAGAUCUAAAGACUUGAAAAUACAAUUCGAUAACAUAUAAGAGUAGAAUAAUAAUAAAGAUUACAUAUAGAAGCACUCACGCAAAAACUAGAGGAGGAAUAUUAGAAAUAUGAAACAGAAGUCAAAAAUUAAAAUGAAAAAAUUAAGUAAUUAGAAAAUGUAUGUUCGUAAAUAUCAAUAAAUAAAGUCUAAAAUCUCAAUUAAACUAAUUUUAUUAUAGAUCCUAAUAAGAAAUCACCGACUGCUUAUGAUAGAUUGAAUUAAUUAGUGAGUGCCAAAACAAAAUAAUCUACUCAAUCAGCAUCAAUUAUAAAUUCAAAAUAGUUAUUAAAAAUUUAUUCAAAUCCACAACAAUUAUUUAAAAAAAUGCAAGAUCACAAAAACAUUGAAUAAAUGCAAAUCAGAGUCGAUACACAAUAGUCUGAUAAGGAAUAGAGUUUAUUGAAACUUCGAAGAUGUGUGGAAGACAACUAAAGUGGAAUGUUUCAAUCUUAGAGAAUCGAAUCCACUAGUUUGGAAAAGUAUAACAGAAAUUCAAAACUGAUGAGAAAUUCCACUAGACAAUCAUAGGUCAUGGGAAAUAGUUUUGAUCUUGUUUCAAAGACUAUGCAACAUUACAAGAAGUAGCAAAAAAGUAUUGGUAUUUUAAGAUAAUCAUGGAAGAAAUGA